AUGGAUACCUCAAACACGCUCGAGAAAAAGGACCACGCGCUGUCGGACACCCAGGUGGCCGAUGGAUGCUAUGUGGAAACCUGCUCAUACACUCCGGAAGAGGAGAGGAGGGUUGUCCGCAAGCUGGACUUGGUGAUUCUGCCCAUGAUGUGCUGGGUCUUCUUCCUCCAAUAUCUCGACAAGCAAAGUCUCAGCUAUGCAUCAGUCUUCGGCCUCAUUUCCGACCUGAAACUGGAAGGACGGCAGUAUUCCUGGACCUCGUCCAUCUUUUAUUUCGGCCAGCUGGUCUCCGAGUAUCCUUUUAUCUAUCUGAUGAGUCGACUUCCGCUGGCGAAAUUCGUUGGGGCUACUGUCUUCGUCUGGGGCGGUAUAUGCAUGUGUCUUGCUGCACCGCAGAAUUUUGCGGGCUUUGCCACCGUUCGAUUCAUACUGGGAUUCGCCGAGGGUGCUGUCUCUCCUGCCUUUGUCACGAUAACCAGCAUCUGGUACCGCAAGAGUGAACAUCCUAUUCGUGUCGGGAUCUGGGUCACCAUGAACGGAUUAGCCCAAGUUGUGGGCUCACUGCUCAUGUACGGCGUCGGCAAGAACGGCAGUCUCAGCCUGCAGCCCUGGCGGGUUCUCUUCCUCAUCUGCGGCGCGAUGACAACCUUUUUCGGCGCAGUGUUCUUCUUCAUCGUCCCCAAUGGAGUCAGUGACGCCUGGUUUUUGUCACCGCGCGAGAAGGAGAUCCUCAUCGCCCGUAUGGCUGCAGACCGAGAGGGUGGAGAUCGUAGCAACUUCUCUAUAAGCCAAUUCAAAGAGGGCCUGUUGGAUAUCAAGUCAUGGUUUGUCUUUGCGUUCGGGCUGCUCGUGACGCUGAAUUCUUCUCCCCUCACCUUCGCCUCGCUUGUCAUCAAGAACAUUGGAUAUGACAAAUUUGAUACCCUCUUGUACGGCUCCCCGUCUGGAGCCCUUCAAAUUUUGUUCAUUUGGAUCAGCGUUCUGGGCUGCUUAGUCUUCCCAAAGAACCGGUGUGCGGUAGUGCUGGUUCUCAUCAUUCCGCCAUUGAUUGGUAACAUACUUCUGUUAAAGCUUCCUAUAUCUGCGGGUUGGGGAGUUAUCGUCGCUUCGUGGCUAGUAAGUAAUAAGACACGUGUUCUGGACCAAAACCUACCUCUUCUUCUAACCUCACCACCUCCAACCGGACAGGCCAGCUUGAUCUCCGACAUCAUGACUAUUAUUCUUAGUUUGAGCGCGUCCAACGUCAAGGGCAACACCAAGCGUGCGAUGGUGAAUACCUUUUUCUUCAUCGGCUACUGUGUUGGAUGCAUCGCGGGACCGCAAGCAUGGACGAAGGCUCCCCGAUACCUAGCCGGCGUCAUCCUAGACAUCGUCAUCUGGUGUUUGCUGUUCGUUGCCAUCUCCGGCUACUGGUAUGUGUGCUCUAGGGACAAUGCUCGGCGGGACCGCGAACAGUCGAGCGGCGGUGCCGUCAUUGACUCCGAAGGCAUCGACAUGACCGACAAGGAGGACCAGUCUUUCCGUUAUUCCUAUUAG